AUGUCCAUCCGAGCUCUCAAUCAGAACUUCCCCUCCUUGGACUCUGCCGCAAAUGCAGAAGAGCAGGGCCCCUCUCGCCCUUUCUUCCCUGCCCAUGGCGCAGGUGACCAUCCUUAUCCCAACCCGUGGUCUGUAAAGUCUGGCAACGGUGGUGUCGGCCGUCCAGGCCAUCCCUACCCAUCUCCAUGGACGCAAGGCGAGUACGAAGGCCAAGGUAACGAAGCCAACGACGAAACCGGUGGUCUCACUACCUCUCGCGGGCCAUAUCCGUACCCAGGCCCCGCGGAAGGUCACCCACCAUACACAUUUCCUGGUCCCUUUGAAGGCCGCAAACCAUACCCUUUCCCGGGCUACGCUCAGCAGCCGCACACCUACCCUGGCCCUCUUCCAUGGCACCAGCCACACGCCUAUCCAGAGUCUGGAGAUGGUAGAAAGCCAUACCCUUCCCCCUGGGAAGAGGAUGACAAGCACAGGCCGUCCGCUCCUCGUCAACCAUAUCAGUUGCCUGGUGGCUCGCAUAACGCGGCUCCAUUCCCCCAACAACCGUACAAAUACCCAGGCAACCCUCACAGUGCGACUAAUUUCCCUCACCCGUACCCAUUACCUGGCAGCCAACAUGGAGGACACGGUAAAGGAUGGGGCGGAGACAUCUUGUUCGGCAAGUCACCUUUCGGCGGCCCUUCAUCUGACAGGUACGGGCGAUGGGGCCUCGGAGUUCCCCACAGGUCGCAGGGCCCCUGGCCAUCCAGUCAACAAGCCCCCUUCGCAUUUCCGUCCACUGGAUCCGACAAAUAUAAGCCCGAAGUUGAUGUAUUCGACACACCUGAGAGAUUUCUGAUUCACAUGCCGCUUCCUGGCGCUAAGAAGGAAGAUAUCGAAGUCAACUGGGACCCGAAGGCGGUGGAACUCAGUAUCACUGGAUUGAUCGGCCGACCUGGCUCUGAGGACCUGGUCAAGAGGAUUGCGCUGGAUGAGCGGAAGGUUGGGGCAUUUGAGCGCAAGGUGCGAUUGGGGAACCCAGUGGAUCCGCCCAAAGUAGAUGCGGAUGCUAUUUCGGCCAAGUUGGAGGAUGGAGUUCUUGUUGUUGAGGUGCCGAAGACAGAGCCAGAUGAUGUUGAGGUUAAGAAGGUUGAAGUGGAGUGA